GGGAAAAUACUUUGUGUGUAAACACCCACUACCCACGUCACCCCCUUCCCUACAUAUAUAGAUGCAGCUGUCAAGCAGUGGACUGCAGAACCCUCUCUGUGGCACUGCGCCUUGUGUGUUAUUUAACCAGUUGUGAGCAGAAAUGUCCCAACCACAGGAUGCCCCAAUUAAAAAGAAGAGGCCAAAGGUGAAGGAGGAAGAUCUCAAAGGAGCCAAAGAUAAGCUUGGGAAACAAACUCCAAUCAAAUCCAAGACAUACCAAGUUAUGAAGGAGUGUGAACAAUCUGGAUGCACCGCUCCAUCCGUCUUCAGUCAAGUCAGAACAGGAACAGAGACGGCCUUUGAUAAGGAAAAGCCAGCACCAGCAAAAAGUGUGUUUGGAUGAUGCUUUAUGGAAUGGACCGUGUGCAAAGUCUUACAUUCUACAGUUUUCUACCAGUUGCAUUUGAAAUAGCUUGUGGUGUAUGGAUAUAAAUGCAAAUUCCUUCUUUGUAGCCUUGAGGCUAUCUCUUUCCAUGGCCUCCAAACGCCUCUUGCACAUGACCGUAUGGCUUUUUCAGUAUUUUGCGGUCCGCAAAAAACAUGGAUGACGUCCGUGUGCAUUCCGUUUUUUGCGGAACGGAACAGCUGGCCCCUGAUAGAACAGUA